AUGAGAAAGAGAGCAAGUAGUAGUGUGAAGAAAUAUGAGUUAAACAGAGGAGCUUGGACUGAUCAAGAAGACAAGAUCCUUAAAGACUAUAUCAUGAUACAUGGCGAAGGAAAAUGGAGCACAAUCCCAAACCAAUCGGGUCUCAAAAGGUGUGGCAAAAGCUGCAGACUUCGGUGGAAGAACUACUUGAGACCAGGCAUAAAGCGCGGAAACAUCUCAUCUGAUGAAGAAGAAAUCAUAAUCCGCCUCCAUAAUCUCCUUGGAAACAGGUUAGCGGCGUAUAGCAGAUGGUCGUUGAUAGCUGGGAGGCUUCCAGGGCGAACAGACAAUGAAAUAAAGAACCACUGGAACUCAAACCUCCGCAAAAGACUUCCAAAAUCUCAAACCAUCCAACAGAAGACUCGAAAACAUUCCAACAACGACAACAUGAAUAAUCCAUGUGUUAUACGUCCAAAGGCAGUUAGGUGUCCAAAGGUUCUGACAUUUCAGAAGCAUAGCAGUGUUGGCAGUACCAGUCUUUUAACUGUGAAGGAAAACGUGAUGGAUCAUCAAGCUGGUUCUCCUUUGUUGUUGGGAGAUCUUGAAAUCGAUUUCGAUAAAUUCCAGUCUGAGUUUGUCUUCCCUGAUUUGAUCGACUUUGAAGGUUUGGGUUGUGGAAACAGAACGUCUCUUAUUUCAUCUAACGAGGUGUUGGUAGAUUAUGUCCCUGCUGAUACUUCUUGUCACGGUAAUCUUGAUCUCAAUAGACCUUUCACUUCUUGUCAAGAAGAUUGGUUUCGGGACUUUAAUUGUUAG